AUGCAGUCGCCGGAGAACUUCCUCGCGGGGCAGCUUCCGGCCGUGAAAGACGGCGACGGCGAUGGCUUCAGGUUCGCGCCGCCGGAAAUCUCCGCCGGAGCCCAAACGCAGCAGGCCGAGAGAGAGAGGAGAUCCAGCUCCGGCAAGCUGGGUAGGGACCGGCUGCCCUCGCCGGCGGAGGAGCGGCGGCUCCGCCGCAUGGUGUCGAACCGAGAGUCCGCUCGCCGGUCCCGACUGCGGAAGCAGCGGCACCUGGAGGAGCUCGCGAACCAGGUAGAGUGGCUCAAAUCCAGGAAUAUGGAGCUGUCGCGUCGGGUGGGGGCCGUCACCGGGCACAGCCGCCUCUUCCGUCGCGACAAUGAGCGCCUCCUCUCCGAGGCCGCCGCUCUCCGGCGAAGGCUGUCGAAUCUCCGGCGAGUCCUCAUCUUCCGGCACCUGCAAACGGUGGCGCUGCCGCAGCUCCUCUCCACCGUCCCUGCCCACUCCGGUGGGUUCCCGAUGGAGGUUGAGCAGGCUCUCCUCGCGUACAACUAA